AUGUAUGAAGAGCCAUGGUCGUCGCACCAGGAGCUUAGUGGCUUUGAAGUAACUAUCCCACUUGUUGGCGAGACAGUCAAGCAGAGCGAAGGCUCCCAAAGCCAACGGAUGUCUCCUAGUCACGCCAACGAAGCAAGUGCAAAUUUACUCAACUCCUUCCUCCUCAUCUUACAGGGUCCUUUGCCGAAUACCAUAGCCGAUUUCUGGCGAAUGGUGUGGGAGCAGCGCUCAAGCAUUAUCGUUGCCAUGACGCGAUUGGAGGAGCGUACACGAAUCAAAUGCGAGCAGUACUGGCCAGCUAUUGGUCAUGGCACACGGACGCCAAUGAGCAGCGCUGUCGAGGGCUGGAGCAACCAUCCGCAGUCACCGACCACUUCCACCCACUUUUCACCUCCCCAUCUUCUGCAGGAUAACCCUAUCACUCCCCACCGUCCGAGCAAUUCCUUGGCACCGCUCUGUCAAGCACCUCUGGCAACCGUGACACAUGGACAGAUAACUGUCGGCCUGCUGGAUGUCGUUGAACUGGCCUACUACACCAUCCGCACAUUCAGCCUCCAGAAAGCUGGGUGAGUGUUUGUCAGUCGCUUUGCCCACCGGUCUACUUAAAUCGGGUGAGUAAUGUUGACGUGUGCGUAUCUGUGCAUUGUAGGUCUCAGGAAAAACGUGAGGUACGGCAACUGCAAUUCACCGCCUGGCCAGACCAUGGUGUACCAAACCACCCGGCUCCCCUGCUGAUGUUCCUUCGACGCGUGAAUUCAGAAUGCGCGCCUGAGACUGGACCAAUCAUCGUGCACUGUUCUGCGGGCGUGGGACGUACAGGUCAGUUUUGUAGCUUCAGUGCUACCUCUUGGUGACUACUCAAUGAAAAAGUUUUGUCUUGUCAAAAAUUGGCUUUCUGGAGUAGCAAUCGUUAAAUUCGGACAAAUUUCCAUCGGAAGAUUCAGAUUUGCUGAACAGACUUUGCUGUCGACAAAUGCCCAGCACUCCAGUUUAUUUAUCUGGUUAAGAGAUUAAUUGAAUUAAGUGGACAAUUGAACAAAUCGAGUUAUAUCCACUGUCCCCCAUAAGUAGGAGGUGGAGAUAUGGAAGGAUAAUUAGUGGCGGUUAGUAUCCUCUAGUCAGGUAAGGAUGAGUGGCGUGAAUGGGAAGAGCAGUGUCACAGGGAAGAUGCGGAUCACGGAACAGGCUCGUUCUGUAGCGCCUUGGAGUUCAAUCUACCGUAGGUGGACUAACUCAUGAAAUGUCAACUGAAAUUUCGAAAUGCUUUUUCGUUUCGAAAAGAUUAAUUAAAUAGGGUUGUUGUUGUUGUUGUUGUUGUUGUUGUUGUUGUUGUUGUUAACUUUACAAGCCACACUGGUGAACCCAGAUGCAUGACGUUUUAUGAAGGGCCAUUUCACGGUAUUAAAAAACAUCACAAUUAGAAACGUUUUUGAAAUCGAAUUGUACUCGUCCUUCGAGUAUAAAAUUGAAAGAUGACGUAUGAAUGAGCAGAAGAAUGAAUACUUUUAUAUAUCUUUUAUGAUAUAUAAUUGAAUGUCCAAGGGCAUCGAAAAUAAGUGGUCGGGGCAUUUUACUCCAAAUCCUAAUUAUUUGCGAAACUACUAACUCCGCAUACCGGCCGUUGUUGCCGACCAGGUCCACUGUGUGCUCCACAUCAAGGUGAUGCAGGAACGGUGGUUCGCGCGUGAAUUAGUUUAUAGUGGUUGUAAAUUUGUACAGCAUCAGCCGUACACUCCCCUCCUUCCCCACCUGCGUCCGAUGUCAAGACGGAGUCAGGAAGACCGGAGGCGGGGGAGGACGCCGGUGAAUGGCAGGGCCGAGCCCGCAUCUUGGCUCUCCACUCCACACCCCCUGGUCCACAUAUCAAAUGAUUAGGAUUUUAACCAACAACAACAACGGCAAUGAGGAGGGCCGCAGGGGUCCCCGUGUGCGCGACUUCUGCUGGCAACCGCGUCUGCCACCGCACCCAAGAUGUUGGCAUCUGUUAUGGUGCGCAAAUCCGAUAACGCCUGCCAGAAGCCGAUAUGGUCCCCCCGUGUUGGUCCAGCGCAUCUACCACAUGGUCCGUCCAAGACCCACUCUGAUGAGGACAAACGUCACCCGUCUGUUUUGGUGCGCUUUUUGCAAACUGAACUACGUCGGGAUGACUGGGAGUUUAUUUGUCUUCCAGGGCGACUAACUUCCAACCCGAAUCCAACCCAGAAUCCGAUAUGGCCGCCGUGUUUCCCCACCGCACGGAAAGGGCCAGACUCCUCCCAGUUGAGUGAGUCAGCAUCGGAAACAGCAAAAUACGCGUCUGGGCUCCUAGCCGCUAUCUUUGUUGGGAGUAUGGUGGAACCACUGUUACAGCCGACGGACCAGUGAGCUCGUAGCUCAUUUGGUAGAGCAUCAGACGCUCAAUCGAAAAUCAGGUGCUCCAGUCCUGGGUUUGGGUAACUUUGGAUGACCACGGUUGGUAAACCGGAAAUUUCCAUCCCAGUUUCUCUUGUUUUUGUAGGAAACCUUCAUCUACCAAUGAUCGUUGUGCGACUGCCUGCGGGGCUUCAGGUCGAGCCCCAAAGUGCAGUGGGGCGGUCGGUGUGCACACGAACAUCAUAUAUAUGUAUAUGUUGUUAACCGAAGCGAAGAUUUUAGCAGAUUAUGCUACUAGUUGUACUAGUAUUUUUUGCAAAAUGAACAUCCCGCAAUUAUUUCGACGAAGUUUGUCAUCGACUGAAACACUCAUAGCACCUCCGGGCCUGGCCCUAAAAUCAUGCCUUGCACACUUAACUCCAAGCUUUUCUCUUGAUAAUUUGCGAACUGAUUAACCUCACUCUUAGCUCGUAACCCGAUCGGUGAAGGCCUAUCCUACGACGUCUACACGUAUAUGCAACCGACGGGAAAACGAGCCCGUGGUUCAGUGGUUAGAGGCACUGGUCUUCCAACCAACAGGUCUCGGGAUCGCGUCACGGGUGUUUCACACCUCGAUGUUGGGUCUGACUGGCUGACGACGGCUAAUAAGCCAGAAAUGGUCAUUCCAGUUUCUCUUUGUCAGUAAUCGCAGUCUGCCUAUAUCAUGCGCCGCUGUGCAUCUGCUGGUUGACCUCGAGACGGAAAGCCGGUAAUGCAGAACAGGACGAGUGAGUUCCGUAAGAACGACCGGUGAGCAUCCCUUUCUGCCAUAGGUAGCGGCCGCUCACGGACGCAAACGCCAAAAAUUAUCAAUUUUUCAAGUGAACUACCAGCUGUUAACUGCUGUUGGUACAUUGACUCUCAGUCUGCGUCUGACGACGACCCGAGGAACCGGCGUUGAAAAUUUACGCAAUAAAGUCUCUUUUUCCAAAGAACACCUUUGACUUAUAUUUCUUGAAAUGCCUUUCUUCCAAUAUUUCUUUUUAUAUGAUUGCACAUAUGUGGGAAGUCGAGUGAAGGAUAGGGCGGGGGGGACGCAUAUUGGUGGAAUUUUGGAAAUGAGACAAGCAUUCUUUUCCAAAUGUGCGAGGUCGCAGGCAUCCGCUGAUGACGCCGCAGAAGUUACUACCCUUUCUGGAAUAAGUGAAGCUCCCUUAUUCUUCCUUUCUUCCCAAGUGCUGCAGUAGGCAUACAUUCUACCAUCUGAAGUCCCAACGUGUCUUUUUGUACACAUGGAGUUAGCCAAACGUCUACAUUUUCUGUAUGGCCUUAAUAAACAGUAACAGUUCUAGUGGACGAUCUGUCCUGUUCUGAUUCUGACAGUAUUUACGUUUUUGCGUAAAUAGGUGCCUACAUUGUGCUGGAUAUCCUGCUGCAACAGAUGCGACGGGAGCACGCCAUCAACGUGCCCGCCGCCGUAGCCAGACUUCGCAGCCAACGCAACUUCAUGGUCCAGACGGAAGACCAGUAUGCUUUCAUCUACGAGGCUCUGGUGGAGGCCUCCUUGAGCGGUAACACGGAGCUGCCGGCCCGCCAGUUGAGAGAUCACUGGCUGAAACUGACUGCCCCCACUGGAGACACCGUUAGUGCCGCUGACACCCUUGAAAACACGGGUAUGACGCUGGAAUUCGAGCAACUCAUCAGCCAGACCAUAACCUCGCUGGCUAACACGAUCGCACACCGGUCACCUGGUGGCCUACUCUCCUACCUGGACAGACGAUCCGCUUCUGUAAACCAGAGCACCUCGGGGAGCUUCCUCGACCCGAGCAUCGCUGGAUCGAGUGUAACUGAACUGGCUGGCGCGCAACCGGUAAGCGGGCCUUGUCCCACGCCGAUUGUCUGACUGCUUAAUUGCUUCACAUAUAUAUACAUAGGUUAGGGGGCGCUCACCGAUCUUUCUUACGGAACUCACUCGUCCCGUUGUGUCUUAUGGGCUGUCUCUCUCGAGCCCAACCAGCAGCCGCACAGCGGCGUAUGAUAUAGGCGUAGACUUUUAACUAACAGGUCGCGAGUUCGAGCCUCGGGUGUUCCGCACAUUUCGGGCUUGGGUAUGACUGGCUGGCGACGGCUAAUAAGCCAGAAAUGGCCAUUCCAGUCUCCCUUGUCUUUGUCGAUAAUGUCAUUCUGCAUAUAUGCAUAUAUAUCCAAUCAGGAAUGGGCGUACACCUAUCGAUUGACUUCACGAAGCAAACAAGCUCCGUAUGGGUGGAAAAGAUCACGAACAAGCAACCAAUUGCCGAGCCGAAGUCGGCAAAGUCAUAAUAGCAGCGAGGAGGGACGACAGACCAUGUGGGUAGAUUGAUACAUUACUGUUUCGGGCUUAUUGUGCUUUCAUUCAGCCAAUCAUAACCCUGACCACCAGCAGCUGGGACCAGAAACACAAAAAUGCGCCAGGUGCGUCUGUGCGCAUGUUUGUGUUUCUGGCGCAAUAGCGUCAUGAAAAUUAAGCACCGGUUAAAGCCUGAAGAACAAUCUGGAGUAGUAUAUCGCAGACUGGGUGCAUGCUGGAAUCGCGCAUACACGAACAUAAGCCGGCUGGGCGACGAGGUGACGCAUUAUCACAAGUGGCCGCCCACACCUACGAAAUGGGUCACGAGUUUAACUUCGCAGCCACCAAAAUAUUCGCCACGCCGGAAAGAAAACAGGUCGUGAAUUGAUUGAAGCCUGGGCCUCGGAUGAGAACUCGGUCAAUCGAUUUAUCGAUCUGGCGUCGGCGUACAGAGCCCUGCGAAGUCACCUCCAGUCUUGCGCCGUCGGUCGAUGAUUGACCUACAUGCCUUAUAACUGUCGCUUUUUCUGUUGCUGCUACUACCUCUGACGGUAGACUGCUGCACGAGUCUGAAAGCUCAGGACAAUAAACGAAGUGUUUCGGUGCUCGACCCUUCUUCUAAACUGUUAGAUUUCAAAACUUCUACAGUACUCAGUUAUAUGCGAGACUUUAAAAUAUGCAAUCAGACUGUGCCUGAGACCAAUAAUAGUUUUCAUAAAUGUUAAACUUCCAGGAAAUCAUCCAUUUAUAUGCAGCUGUCAGUGAUUUGGUUCUUCUGAGGCGGGAAUGUGCAUGCCGACGAAAGGAUAUAUCUUUUCAGGCUAGAGAACGAUUGGUCGAAACCUCUUUUCGCAACCGUUGAUCCCGUCAAGACCAAGAUUAGCACACUUCUGAGACUGACAUAUGACAGCCCGUUCGUCCUACAUGAUCGCUUGCAAGAAAAAACACUGUUAUGAGUGCUUGCAUGUCCUGUGUACUUAGAGCUAAUCUCCCUUUUCGCUGCGAAGGCAUGCGAGCAGAUUUGUGUCCCCAAUUAUUCCCGACACAUCAAGCGCCGUAGCUUGGAGGGCUGCUGACGGACUCCUCCACUCAGUCCACACAGUUUACGCAGUUGUGUGUGUGUAUGUAUGGAGUGGAGCACUGGUGGGCUGGGGGGCAGGCUGAAGCAGCUUCUUCUUAACAUGACGUUCGACACUCUCACACAUGUGAGGUGUACGCCGCUCAAACUCCGUUGUUUGAAAUCCUGGUACUUGUGUUUGGGGGGGCCAAGUCGUGCAUGUGACGCGCGCAGACAGGGUGACUAGAUUGUGUCAGCCACCGCGCCCAUUCCCCGCUCCAGUCCGCUGACCGGCUCAGACAGUGGCUGGGGUGUGGGAAUGGGAAUGGGAAGGGAGAGUGAGGUCGGUAACUCAGCGCAUUCUCCUCACUAUAAACAAUCUGACGCGCUUGAAGUUACCAUGGCGCGCUAAAAGCCGUGGCUUGGAAGGUUGUCAACGGACGGGAUAGCUUAAACCUCGCGGUCAGCCUAGUGUUGUGUGUUUGUGUGGAGCGGUCGACUGGUGGUCCAAGAGUCAGGCUGCAAUGGCUCCUUCUGAAUGUGGUCUUUAUGACACGCUCACUCCGUCGGAUCCGGACCAGGUGUGAUGGCAGGCCUAGGUGCUGUGUGGACCAGGGCGUGUGGAGUAGAACGCCAAGGUGUGGGCUCGAUCGUGUCAUCCACUUGCGCCCUCCAACGCCUCCGAUCACCUUAACUCUGUCUUGACACCGGUCCGGGUGGGGAGCAGAAAUGAGAGAGUGCGGUAGAUGCUGCGCAAGUCUACAUUCACUAGAAGCAAAAAUCACGCACAAGUCACUGUCAUGCUCCCACCUUGCUGUGGAGCACACGGUGGAAAUGUCGGCAACAACGGUCGAGCUAUCGUCUCGUCUUACUGUUUUGCUGGCAUCUUAGACUCACCUUAUACAAAUGGGAAAACAUUUGAUCGUUUAUUCAGGAUGGUUUGUUUGCCGCUUGUCAACAAUACACAUGUCUGUCCGUUCUACCGCGUUUACAAUGGAAACGAAGUUGAGGGUGUUUCGCGAGAGGCAACCUAAAAUUGACCAGUUUUAGGAGCGAAUGUGGACUGUAUGGUUAGUUAAUCUACGCCACUUUUCUGGAUCGGAUGAUGUCUUUAAUGAGUCUCAGUUAAUUUACUUCCUUUGAGCUGGCCAUUUUGCACCGAUUUGUCUGUCGAAAAACAUAUCAAACCCUUGCACCAAAUGGGACGGGUGGAAAUAUCAUUCUGCUGAUAGUCGCCUUCAGCGGCCAACUUUGAAUAACAACUAGUCCCCUCUUUUGCCCCUCUUGCUGUGUAGGUAAAUCUUCUGAAAAAUCGUCGGUCCGACUGUCUCCCACAUGAGGCUAAUCGCGUGAAACUCACUCCCAUUCGCGGCGUGGACGGUUCUGACUACAUCAACGCCUCCUACGUGGACAGUUACAGUUCUAGAUCAGCCUUUAUUGCCACACAGACUCCUCUGCCAGAAUGCCUGGAUGACUUUUGGCGUAUGGUCUGGGAAACGGGAUCCUGCAUCAUCGUACAGCUUGAUCGAAGGGCCGAAGACACUGUGCCAGACGUAAGAAUUUGUUUUUUGGAGUUUUUCCUCCCGGCAUGCAGAGGUUAUGGAUUCACCAAGUGACCACUUGACACGUUUACUUUUAAGGCUCCUUAUUGGCCAACAGAGGAGGCAAUCAGAUUCGACUAUGUCGUCGUCGAGCCAGUGGCCGACUACGGAAUGCCGGCCUACAUCCUGCGAGAACUCCGCAUCACGGAUACGAGGAGCGGUCAGUCGAGAACUGUCCGUUUAUUUGAUGCCUCUGAGCUCGCCGGGGCCAUUGCCCGAACGCUGGACUCAGCACAGCGCCAACCCCUCUCAUCUGACCAAUGGGAAGCUGAUGGUCGACCGACACUGCCGCCUGCCCUGCCGCCAUUAGCCGACUGGCUGCCCCUCAAGUCGGCUGUUCUCAAACCAGACUUUUUGAGCGGUUAUACUCGCUCCUCCUCGGUGGAUAACUACAAGAACACCAUAUUUGAUGGGCACUUGUGCCAGGUGGCUUCGCGGAAUAUGAUUGAUCUAAUCGAAGAGGUGCACAAAACCCAGGAACAGUUUGGUCUCGAAGGUCCAAUCACGGUACACUGCAGGUGGGCUAUAAUGAUAUCCGUCUACUAAAAGAGCUACUAAUUCUCUUUUAAGUAGCACGUUAUCAGCUGACUCAAUGACGUUUGCGUUUCAGGUAUGGGACUGGUUACACGGGCAUCUUCCUGGCGCUCUCGAUCAUAUUGGAGAGGAUGCGUUAUGAGGGUGUGGCGGACAUGUUCCAGACAAUUAAGUUACUGUGGUGGCAACGCCGAGGACUCGUUGAAUUUCCAGCUGAAUACGCAUUUUGCUACGCAACAGCCCUGGAGUACUUAAAUUUUUUCGAACAAACGACACCUUAACUCAAUGACCAUGACUUUCUUAUUCCUCUAUCUUUUGGCCCUCCUCCUACUCCUCCACCUGUCGCCUUUCAAGACGCCUGCCACAGAGAAUAACUGUUCACUCCUCUUCCCACACCUUCUCCCACCUCAUAAUAAUGCCACGUCCCGUCAGGAGGCUUCUGAAAACUGUUGACCAGGAUGUUUCGGGGGAAUUGAAAGUGGUCACUUGAAGACGGCAGUUUUCCUGAACUUAUCCAUCUGACUUCCAUUCGACCCUACCAUUGUGCAGGCACAUCUUCAAAACUGAAAGCCGGAUGGGGGAAUGUGGCUUCUUUUGAUCUCCUGAGAGUUAUGUAUACAUACAGAAUUCCUAUCAAUUCUUACUAAUGUGCGUUGUCGGGCUUGAUGUGCCAAAACCGCGAGAUAAAAUAACAGGGUUCUUGCAAGAAGCUCUGUCCUAUUAUGUAGCGCUUCACCCUAAAUGGCCAGCGAACUGGUGGUGCUGUCGACAUCGUAAAUGCAAACCACCCAUAUAUGCAUACUUUGGGACAGAGUGUACACGAUAACUUUUUACAUUCGUUCUUCGGUCUAGAGCCACCACGGUAGAUUUUGCAGUGGCUACCACUUAUCGAUAAAGACUCUGAUUCCCGAAUAAUAAAGUGCAGGUCGGAUAACCUACAAAAUAAUAACGUGAGAGGCAGAUACGCAUAUAUGUGCAUAUAUAUGAUGGUAGAUGGUUACUCGCCGAUCAGGUUAUGGCACAUGCUUUUCCCGUUGUGCUUUGGGGCUAAAACUAGAACCCUCGCAAACAGUUAAAAAGCGACUAGUGAUAUAUGUGGAUAAGGUGAUACCGCCAAAGACAAGGGAGACCGGCAUGGUCAUUUCUGGCUUGUGAACCGUCAUCAGCUAGUCAUGCCCAAUCCCAAGUGUGAACCACCUGAGAUACGAACUUGGGAUCUUUGGUCACUGAGUCGAACGCACUACCAACGCUCUACAGGGAGACAUGCUGUUCCGUAGCCUGCUCAGUGAGCGCCCAUCUGCCAUAAAUAAUAUUUCUGAUCACAGCCGACAGGACACCGAGCCCGUGGCUUAUUGGUAGAGCCUUCGACUUAAUGAACAAGGAUCAGGGGUUCGAGACCCAGAUGGUUCACACGUGGGAUGCGAGUGUUCUACCGUUUGCCAAUACAUAGACAUAGAUAUAGAUAUAGAUAUAUAUGAAAGUGGGCAUCACAAGAAGUAUAAUUUAAAGAAAAUAGGUUUUUGAUGAGUGAUAAGAAAGUUUAUUCCGUGAAUGUUCGAUGCUGUUUCCCGGGUCAUCUUCAGAUGUGAAGCAAAUGUGUACGUGUUAAAAUUUAAAAAUGCCUGAAAAUCGAUAUUGUUCUGUCAUUCCUGUCGGUCGGCCCUUACUGUGGGGUGGCAUCAUGUUCUGAUUGGCAUAUGUACAUAUAUAUAUAUGGAGAAAGAACAGGCUUUUCGGAAACGAUGAAGUCGUAAUCCGGAAAUAUGAAACUGGUGCAACCAACCCGUUGUUCAGUAUAAUUCAGUAUAUAUGAGCGAUUUAGACAGUCCUUGGAAAACCGUAUUUGCAAACAGAUGUAUGAAAAAUAUGCAGAUAUUUACAUAGCAGUUAUGCCAGUCAUUGAUAUAGUGUAAAUAUUUGGCCAUCAAAAUUAAGACAAAGGAAAAAGUGAGACUUUCAACUUGCCUGCGAUUUGAAGGCAGAUACGUUAUUUGAUAAAAGUAGGAAAUCGUAGUACGCAAAUUCUUGAUGAUGGUUCACCCGAUCGUCAUCAGACUUGAGUGAAUGUGCAGAGAAAAGUUAAUAUCUCAAACUCGCUUGAAAUCGACACCUAUUCGGCGUUUACACCAGUGAGAGGCGGUACUCUGCGCCAUUCUAUAUCGAUUGAUUCUCGAUUCUAUAAUAUAUGCAUGUACACAGUGUAAGGUCGGCCAACUUAUAACAGCAGAAAGGAGGGAGGACAGGGAAUGGGGAUAGACUGACAAAGUACUGUUCCGGGUUUAUUCACCCUUCGUAUUCUCCCUGUUAUUUGACUGCAUGUUCGUGAAUUUCGCCAUGCAUAAGGAGUUUAUUUCCUUCGGGAUGCCAAUGGAACGAUAUGCGCCAAUCUUAAAUAGAAUAAAUAUCCGACAUGGAGUCACAGAGACUUUGAUUAACCUUGGUUCGAUGAAGGGCUUCUGGCCUAUUUGGUAGAGCACACCUGCGGUGAACGGUGUUCACAUGCGUCUGUGUUCUUGGCUUCCUGCCGCCGAUUCCGUAGAUUGCGCCGCACCCGUAAGGCCUGUCAACCGACUGUAGAAUCUUGCAGAGGUCGAUGAAAGUUGUUACCGUGGGCCGGAAAUCGAGCGUUCACGUAGCUGCCUGGUCGAUACCUCAAACCAGUUUUCCGGUAUUCUGUGAAGAGAAAGAAUGUCCAUUGGUUGCAAAGUGUUCAGCUAGCAGUGACAGCUAAAACAUUAUUCUCACUGUCCGUUGGUGCUCACUCAUUGGGGUACGCAGGUCUAUCUAACGAAGUUCGCCUAAGAGGAACUCCAGGGGAGACGGUAGAAAACAUUUGCAUUUUCGCAUAUUGACAUACGCACAUAAUGUCCCCUCAAGACUGUGGGCGACACUCGUUCCCAGAGGUCGCAAAAGAUGAGAGACUGCUUCGGAUAGGCUAUCGGUACCCACCAAAACAUUCCUCGUGGGUCCUCAACGGGUUGGGUGUGUGCAACGGAAAAUUCAAUCCUGCUGUGGCCGAGAGUGCUGUUCCCCAGGGCUCAAUACUGGCACCUACCUUGUGUUUAAUAUAUGUGGACGAUUACGCAGGAGUUUUGGGCUGCGAAGCAAUAUUGUUUGCUGACAACAUGAAAAUAUGGAGUGUAAGCUGGGGCGCUGCCGAUGGAGAUAGACUGCAGAUGAAAUUACAUCGGUUAGAGGAGUGGCCAAACCGCUGGCUCAUGUGGUUUAACGUCGGUCAGUGUGCUAUACGUCGCCAAGGCAACCCAGCCAGAUCCGUCAGCACAAAAGGCCACUUUCUUAGCGAUCCAACAUUGCGAGACGUCAAAGCCCAAAAGGACCUCGUUGUACUGACGACUAACUCCCUAAAACCCUCCGCUCAUUGCUUGAGAGUGACAAAAAGGCAAUGCCCGUACUGAACGCCAUCAAGCAAACGUUUAGGGAUUUUGACGAAGGCGUCUCCUGCAAUUCCUUCGGAACAUUUGCUGGGCCGCGCUGGGGAUACAGCACACAAACUCGGAGACAAUGUGCAGUUCAAUAUCAAAACCAGUAUUUGGCUUAGAAGAACACAUUUGUCAAUUCACAGAUUCAAUGACCCUUUUUGUCCAGGCUGAUAAAAUAAACCCCCAGAACACGGUGCAAGUGACAUGGAAAUAUUCGGCGAACCAGACCGGAUAACUCUCAAAAAACCGCCAACAAUUAAAUACACCCGAAGAAGCUUUAUACACUUCACAACGAAAUUAUUUAUAAUCGGGUGCUGUGCAAGCACAGCAAUAUGAAGGCACUUUUAUCAGUCUUGGUGUAGCUCAUAUGCAUUAUCUCAGUGAUGUCCAUUUGGCAGAGGUUAAAUUGCUCAGGUCAGUAUCCUAUUUUGCAUACCAAUAGUUAUCCUUACCUGGUGAUGUCCGCGAACGUACGUACGUGAUCAUGCAAAACCCGCCCAUACACGCAUUUACUGCAAGAUCCAUCGACAAAUUUGUAAGAUUCUCAUCCAAUUGUCCCAAAACUUCGGAUAGUUACUGCAAAUUAGUGUUCACAAUUUGUUGCUGCAAAUAUGGAAGAUAAACAACCGUCACACACCCCCUUGAUGGGUACCGCUACAAACUGACAAAAACGGACGAUGUAAAUAAUUCCCGGAAACCGCGUACGGCAGUAUAUAUUUAUCAAGGAACUCGAAGACCUCUCCUAUCACUAGUCUUCACUGUGGAUCUUCGAAAACUCCAAGAAGUUUUUGAGGCUUGAUGAUUUUUUGGGGAAGCCAUGAAAAAUGGUGGUCGCGCGUCUUCGUUUGUAAUCGAAGUAGCAAAAGAUUUCAGGUAGAAAUUUCUCCACGAUUUUGGCGCACUUAACGAGCCUGAGUCAAAGACUCAAGAGGAAUUCCUAUGCAAGUGGGUGAUAGGAAUCAUCAUAAGUAAUCUGAGACACCAGCUGCUCAAAGGUUGGCGUUAAAUUGACUCCAUAAGAAGACGGCAAUUUUUGGAUCUUAAUUUCAAGAUAAACUUUAUGGAAAGGGUUCAUGCCUUGACUUUGGUGGAUUCCAGCGAAAAGUAAUGACUCCCAGUCCCUGUUAAUUGACUCUCUAGCCAUCGUAAGACGAAAGACUGGCUUAUGUAUUCAGUCGUUUGAGUGAAUUAUUGGACUUUCACAUCGCUUACCUCUCAGCCUGAGCUGUUUUCCCAUAGUAUACUUCCAUGAAAACUUAUGAUUAUAUGUUUUGAGCACUGGCUGGGACGCACGGCACUUGCUAAGUUUUUUCAUUAAGGGGCCGCAGAAGACUGAAAUGUAAACUUUAUACUUACUGGCUGCCACCAGCCGUCAACGGCUCAACACAGAACGGGCACACGAAAUCCGAAAAAGAGCCAAUUUUACCUCAAAUAUUUCUAAGUAAAUUGUGCCAACUGUGAAGCCCGAGUUGGAGGACGAAAUCUAAAUCCAAGUAUCGUUGAUGAGGGAUAAAUCGACUUUCGUUCCAGUCGAGUCAAUCCCCUCAGGAAUCGUCUCUAAGAGGCUAAACAUCUCACCACCUGCUGGUCAGGUGAUACGGAUGUAAGAAACACUAUGUAAGAUAGGCAUUUGAAAAAAGAAGUAAGGUUUGUUAGCGGCCGUACAAAAGUAAAUAAAAUUACAUCAAGAUUGCCAGGACAUACGAUCAUCGACAAAAAGCGACCUAGCGAGUGAUCAGCAUAUUUGACUCUCCACGCGGAAACUUAGGCGAGGUUUCUGAAGAAUGAUAACCCACCCAGCGUUAAUCGCUUAAAAGAACAAUCCGAUAGGUCCGGCUGAAACUUAAGAUGUUACUCACUAAUCAAACCACGGGCAUAUAUGGUCAGAUGGUCCAGUUCAGUUUAUUUAUUUAAAACUUGUGUGUGCGCAUUUGAACUCCCAGAAUGUUACCAGCAACUGAAAUGCGUCAAGAAUUUGAAAAUGGAGGGUCAAGAUGACAUUCAAGAAAUGUCGAGAACCAUUUGGAGAGUCGAACGAAUCUGUUAGCCGCACUGGCAGAUGCACGCAUGGAUAUACGUUUGCGUAGAAUACAAUUACCGACGAAGACAACUGAGACCGGGAUGGCCGUUUAUGGCUUUCCAGCCAUCUCCAGCCGGCCAUAACUGAUUGCGAGAUGUUUAACAUCCUGCGAGCCGUUAGUUAGAAGUCCAUCGCUCUAACAACUGAGCCACGGGCUCGUUGUCCCGUCGGUCGCGAUCGAUAGUAUACGAUGGUAGGGGGAGCCCACCGAUCGUUUCUACGGAACUCACUCGUCUCGUUGUACCUUGGGGCUCUCGCUCGAGUCCCGCCAGCAGCCGCACAGUGGCGCGUAGUUUUCGCACAUAUGUAUAUAUGUAUGUACUGGAUACAGACAUCCUGUGAAAUAGGUGGAUCCUUUGGAAACGAAAUGACCUUUUUUGCGUAAAUUUUCGGCGCUGGUUCCCUGAAUUGUCGUAAGACUUAUGAAUCACAUAUAAAAAGAGUUAAAUAUUUAACCAUCUCGAACAAGUGCUUCUGUGGCUAGCCGAAGCCUCCGUCAGUGCGCAUCAGUCGAAUUUGCUCAUCCCCUCCGCACUGGUUGCCCUCGCUCCCACUUGUACUUGAGAAAUUUGUACGUAACAUAAAAAUCGAUAUGCCGAUAAAUGCAUCUGUCGUCAGAUUACAGGACGUGCGUGCCCGGCUGUGGCUCUGGACUCAGUCAAGAGCUUACGAAGGCAGUCUCAUUGCAACCGGAACUGUGUGCCUGUGGUACAUUGAUAGAAAGUUCGAAUAAAUCAGAAAAGUAUUGGAAUUUGAAAGCCCGUGGUUGCAAAAGCAGGGUUAGGUGUAACUGGCCGAUAAUGGUUAAUAGCCAGAAAUGGACGCUUCAAACUCCCUAGUCUGUUUUGGUAGCCCGUUUAUUAUAUGUGCCAAUUGAUGCGAAAAUGUGUAUCCCGGGUAUAAAUAAGAAGUGGCAAUCACGGAACCUCACGGCUAGUAUUCUGACGUGUCAUAACCAAAGGGCAGGUUGUGUGCAACGCGUCAGAGUUUUUACGCCUGUUGUUUUUCCUACUGCUAUUCAUGCAGGAUGCACUGUUGUGAGGUGCAUGUGGUUGCUGUCGCGCCAAUCAGGGCCUAUAUCCCUCUACAUGUUGGGGGGGGGGGGCGGCGACGGAAUAACACCUUAUCCAUCCGUUCAGUUUCUGCAUCAAGACUUAUUCCAAAUCUGAAGGAACGAUGUACGAGCAAAUCAAAGGAACUUCGAUGGGUUCAGAGCUGUCUGAUUUCAUUGUUGAAACAUACAUUCAAAGGUAAGAGACGCUUGUGUUUGUGACCCACAGACCAAUAUUUUGGACGCAGUAUGUGGACGAUAAUUUCAUUGUCCUCAACUGAGGAAUGGUCUCCGAAUUUCACACGAACCUGAAAUCUGUUUUACCGGAAAUUCAUUUCAAAAUGGAGGUGCAGGUCAACAAUCAAAUAAGGUUUCUAGACGUGUUGGCCCUUCUUAAGACGGACUACAGCUUAAUGACAGCGUCAUACCGAAAGGCCGCCAAAACAUUAGGUCUUACGUUAUGACAGUAAUCACCCGCUAUUCCUCAAAAGUAGUCCAUGUGACCUCUCUGCAAAAGAAUGAAAGCUAAUUUCAGCGAGGCAGACGAAAUAGCAGCCAAAAUCCGGCUGAUUCUCACUUACAAUGGCUGCACUUAGAGCUUUAUACUAAUCAGUAGACAGCCGAAGAAACCCUACAGCCAACGACAGAACAACAAAAAUUUCUCAGUCCAAUUCAUUAUCUAAAGGGUGCAAUUUUUGCAAUAUAAAACUCAGUGCGGUAUACACCGAAAACAUGCAGGUUGGGGUAAUUUAAAUGGGCCCAUAAUAGUGGGAGAAAUUAGGCAUGAGUCUCAGGGGUUGAGGUCGAUCUGCCAUCGUUCUUGUUCAUUUCAGAGCAUAAAUAUAUCAAGGCCUCUUUUAAAGUUUUCUAUCGAUGGUGACAUCACAACAUGUGCGGGAGAGCAUUCCAUGGUUUGACCACUUUGACACAGAAGGGGAACUUCCGCACAUACAGCCUCGCCAGCUGAAUGCGCAGUUUUAACGGGUGACCUCGGAAGUUUGUUCGUGGUAGCGAAUUGAAAGAAGUCUUCAAAAGCCAGGCUGCAGUCUACCUCUUUCACAAUUCAGAGUGCCUGAAACAGAUCUCCGCGUAAUUGCCUAUAACUCAAAGGGAGGCGGUUUUGAUUCGCUAGACGCGUUGUAUAAUGGAAGAAACUUUGACCCCUAACGAAUGUUAUGGCUCUCCUCUGGACUAUAUAUAGAACUUUUAGAUAUUGAACCGCUCAUUGUCUCCGAGUUUGUGUGCUGUAUUCCCAGCGCGGCCCAGCAAAUGUUCCGAAGGAAUUGCAGGAGACGCCUUCGUCAAAAUCCCUAAACGUUUGCUUGAUGGCGUACAGUACGGGCAUUGCCUUUUUGUCACUCUCAAGCAAUGAGCGGAGGGUUUUAGGGAGUUAGUCGUCAGUACAACGAGGUCCUUUUGGGCUUUGACGUCUCGCAAUGUUGGAUCGCUAAGAAAGUGGCCUUUUGUGCUGACGGAUCUGGCUGGGUUGCCUUGGCGACGUAUAGCACACUGACCGACGUUAAACCACAUGAGCCAGCGGUUUGGCCACUCCUCUAACCGAUGUAAUUUCAUCUGCAGUCUAUCUCCAUCGGCAGCGCCCCAGCUUACACUCCAUAUUUUCAUGUUGUCAGCAAACAAUAUUGCUUCGCAGCCCAAAACUCCUGCGUAAUCGUCCACAUAUAUUAAACACAAGGUAGGUGCCAGUAUUGAGCCCUGGGGAAUAGCACUCUCGGCCACAGCAGGAUUGAAUUUUCCGUUGCACACACACAAUCUGAUUCUGACUCCCCGAUUAUUUCUAAUCCAUUCGGUAAACUUGCUGCUGUGUCCUUUUUUCUGUUUCGGCCAACAAUCUUUCUUCUGGCACAGUGAUGAUUGACUCUUGAAAGUCAAUGCCGGCGAUAUAAAGUGCAUGCCGGUCGUAGAGUUGUCAAGUCUGGCGUUGAAUAUCACUAAAGUUAAUUUUCACGCACCCAAAAUUUCACUUAUCUGCACCAGCUGAAAUUGCUUGCUCGCGCCAUCCUUGAUCUGUGAUUUUAAAUCCUAAGCCUAAUAAUUAUACAAUAUAUUUACUUCUUCAUAUCCUUUAAGCGUUUGUUUUCGAAGAUUUGUUGUGACAUUAUCAUAGUUACCUAAAUACAACCUCCUCGUAUGUUGGGCUUUUUGAAUCUGAACUCCACCACAUAGGUUUUGAACUUGCCGUUCUUCAUUCUUAUGUGUGAAUGCGAGAUCUUGCAUACUUACUCUUGCAGUUUUCUUCACCGUAACCUCAUCCCUUUUUUCCACAUUAGCCUCUCAGAAGCGCUCAGCCAGUGAUUCCAAUCAUGGAAAUAGGUGUUUGAAUCGGUUCCGAAUUAUUUAAGCGAGAAAAUAAGGAUGAAGGCAUAUUUUGUGCACUUAUUCUCACUUGCUUUAAAUAGGCUAGCCCCGUUGCGCGCGUUUGGGUUUCCGCCUUUGCAAGUUUCUCUUCUGGUCGAAUGUGCAAAUUCUAAGCGAACUCAAUUGCCAGAAAGUUUCAUUCUACUACCUAUUAGGAGCGUAUGUUGUUUACUUAAGUUUAAUAUGCAAGAACUGCUGUUCACCAUAGCGCCUAAACGGUAGUAGGAUAAUCCAACCAUAAUAUAUAUUAUGGUUGGAUUAUAUAGUUGCCUUGAGUGCCCUGUUUGAGACGUACAGCUGGGUGCAGUGCGGAGAGAUGCAUUGUAGGCGGCAUAAAUCAAAGGGGACCUCAUUUGUAUGACAGUGUGGCGUAAGGCCUAGAGGUUGAUUUCAAUCUCUCACCGCUUUGAGCCAUUUUGGAACAUAAAUCUGCCUAGUUCGAUUCUAAAGCCUUCGAGCAAUGGUGACGUCAGAAAAUCUGCGGGAGGAUAUUCCAUGGUUUGACCACUUUGUCAGAGGAGAGCUUGCGCACAUCUAGCCUUGCCUGCUGAACGCGCAGUUCUAAUUAGUGACCGCGGUAGCAAGCUCAAGCGCCCUCGAAGACCAGGCUGCCAUCUUGUCCCUUUACAGUUUGGAAUGCUCGUAAGAGGUCCCCGCACAUUCACCUAUAACUCAAAGGAUGGAGGUUAGAUGGGUUUGUGGCUCUCCUGAAUAAAGUCUAUAAACCGACUACUUAUCAGCAUUUGUAGCGAGCCACUAGUGCAUAGCAUGGGUCCGAGAAUUGUCCUUACCAUAACGAUCUAUUAGAUCGAGGUAUAUGCCUGAUUACAGUCGGGAUAAAAUCGCCUUUGAAACAUCGUACUAGCUUAAAGUUGAAGGCUUAUAUGCGGUUGGUGAUCUGACUGGCUGACUGGGCGCGGUUUGCUUACGUCAGUAUAGUCUCUGACGCCACAGAGGCCAGCACGCGAGGCAAUUGUUGGCAAAUUGUGCCCGUAGAGACGUCUGGCAGGGGUCAGCCAAUCACGCAAACUAAUUGCAAACUAUUCAUAAAGGCCAGCCCUGUAUAGUUGUGAUUUUAUCAGGAAUAAAUACCUAACGGGUGCGAUUUCGUGUAUUAAUGGUCUGUUUUUUGGUCACAGUCGCUUGCAUUUUUAGGCGUUAGCUAUAACCGUUGUGCUCUGUAGCUAUAUCAAACGAAACUAAUUUUGUGUUGGUGUUUCAAAUCGAAGUGCGUGCGCAGUGCCGCUGUCGACGAAUAGAAAUCCCAAUGGGACGUUGAAUGGCCCUGUGGCUAUAGCUGUUUUGUGUUAAAUACUACACUGACUUUAAGUCCGUCGGAUUUAUGUGGUCUGUGGGGAAGUGCUGCUGAGUAUGUGUUCGGUUAUUCUUCUCUCAACUCGAAUAAACUCCUCUUCCCCUGAUUUUAUUCUGAUUACUUUGGGUCUUGAACCGAUUUCAGAUCUCACAGGCGCGUGAUCGGUUUGUACAUAUAAUUUGCACGGCCCCAUGGACAUAGACGAAUUGGAAAGGAGGCAUUUUCUUAAAACCCUUACUGCUUUCAAAUUUUACCGGUAAGGCACUGGAGUCCUUUGCUGACUUGUUUUGCACAGAUCACAUGCCCUCAAAAAAGUAUAUACUCAGUUGGCGAAGUAUGAAAAACUUUCGGAUCACCAAAAGACUCUCAUUCCAAAAUUCCCUUCCUACAUGAAGUCCAUUGAAGAAUGCAUUGAUUGCAAUGCAAAUUUUAUCAACCAAAUACUUGCAAAUGCUAAGUCCGAGAUUUUUGAGGGGGACCACGUACAAAGUUUUGCUUAUCUCUUUUCUAUUAAAAUUUAUCAGUUUUUAGUAGACCAAAACCCAACUAUCAACAAAGUGGUGCAGAACGGUGAUCCCGGGCAACGCUACCGGUUCGGAAUCACUUCAAAUGACAUGGACAAGGUGCGGUCAACACUGAAGCAAUUUGUUCGCGAUUGGUCCACUGUAGGUGCCCCGGAAAGGCAUGGAUCCUACGACCCUGUCCUUCGGGAAAUCCAUGCAGCAUUUCGCUCAUCGGAUAGGUAGGUUUACACGGAUGACGUUCUCAUUCCCAUUAUUCAUCUAGACUGAAGUUCAUGUAGACUUUUUAUUCUCUCAGCCCUACAGUACUUUAUUUAAUAUUGGCGAGCAUGUGAUAUCGAGGGUAAUCACAUACUUGUGUUAAUGACGAUAUCUUUGUGACAUGUUUUGCUGCACCACGAAUGGUCACACGCAGUCGGUCGGAAUCUAGCCAACUGGCCAGCGAAAUGACGUUCUUGACCAUUCUACCACAUUAAACAGCCGAGUUACUUCAGUCAGAGGCGAAUUCGGAUAGUAUAGCGCAGAUGUCCUCUGUCGAAUACAUACAGACGGUGUAUGCUUUUGGAGCAUGUAAGCCGUCUCCCAUCUGUGUGUUAUGGCGGAAGCGUCGUCGCCAAACUUAUCUGAAGCCGAUUCUCAAUCUCUCGUCGAAUUCAGACAAAGGCUGCGUGCGCUCGGUUGGCCAACUGGUUUAUUUCAUUCGUAAACUGCCAGUUCGACAGAAGCUGUCCAUUAAAUCUCAGAGAUUGAUCAUCUACAAUGACCCGCGAAGCCUGCGGGGGCCAUAUCCUUCUCGGACACGCAAGGGGGCUCGUCUACACUGCAACGUUAUCUGAUCACCGAUAGCUCGAUCGUUCCAGGCGACGAGUCAGCCAGGUGAGGGCAGCCAACUAGACUUGCGCUGCUUCUGCUUCAGUCAUUAUUCACACAUGGCGUCAGCGAACAGUGACACUCCGACAGACUACGUGGAGACACCGAUUACGAGACUAGAGUAUGUUGGUUUUUUCAGUUUUUACGUCCGAAAAUCCAUGUCCAGCUUGUCGAUGACGCGUUUCACCAGCAUUCUAGAGCUCAUUUUUGAAGUAUUAAGCAGUAUUUCGCAGGCGGCCGCCAACCUCGACUUUGGUUCGGUGUAGUGGUCGCUGUCUGUUCCUCAGGACGUUUUGUUUUUUCGAGGAAGAGGGGGCAGAAGUGAGAGAAAUAAAUAUCGAAUGUAGAGGCACACAGGAGACGUCGUCUUCAAAUCUAGCCCACUGGUGGUAGCGGUAAUCGGGAUCUUACCUCUGCUCAUAAAACAACGCCAUGGAGUCAAAGGUAAGAGCCGGGUGCCGGCGCAUCUGAUCGCAAUCGCAAUCGGCCGGCCAAGCGCGUCGGUUCACCCGAAGCGACUGUACCACUACAAUGUUACCCAUGACCUACGCACGCACCACCACCACAUCCUGGAGGACCUGGUCUGUCGUGUAGUUAAAAGGGUUGGAGCGUAGUCCUGAUGAAUUCUGGAGUUAACCUCAGUGGCAGCGCUCCUGUUGUUAUUUACAGACUUUGAUUUUCGUGCCGUGGUAUCAGAUCUUAAUGAACCUAAGUUGCUUCAACGGUGUGCAUCCAUGUUCCAUGAUCGACCGCAGGGAAUCCCGACGGACACAUUAAAUUCACAGAUAGAAUCCGUGAAACGAAUGUGCAGGAGGACGACUGUAGAGACGACUCAAGCAACUUAUGCCACGUUAGUCCUUAAACAGCAAUGUGUCGCCCUUCUCGAGGUCCAAUAUAACGACAGUAUCACGCCUGUCCACAGGUGUGGUUCAUGUUUUCCCAAUGUUAACCAGAAAGUCAUGCCAUAUACAUGUUAUAAUGAAACAGCACUCUCGAACUUUUGCUGGGAAGCAGUUCCCAGCUACGGUCACAGUCAUAUUCGGUCGCCAGGGCCUUUUCCGAUUGGACGACAUCUGGCGGGUUAUGGAACCCUUUCAAAUGCUUUACUCAGGACGGUGUAAUCAAUGGUUGGUCCACAAUCUUACCCUGGUUGCCCAGGUUUCACCCCGAUGAGCUGUCACGUGUAGUAUUGACUAGAUGUAGUCAUAGACGGUCGGUAUACUACUCGUCUACAUAGCUUCUGUAUGUGCAUGCUCUAGUUCGGUUUCCUAAAACUUGACAUUCCUCCCUCUCUUAAAAGUCAAGUGAAAUUACUCAAAGAUAGUAACUUGCGAGAGUGGUCGAAAAUGAGUCAGCGAUUGACGUCGUUUCGGUCAACUAGAGCUACCUCUGAACAAACUAAUCUCCGGACUUAGCUUUUUAGAUCUCACCCCCCCCCCAAACGGCCCGUUGAGCUUUCAAAGUAGCACCGGCGAUCCGCUCCGCACAUGUGUACCCGAACGACAGAGUAUUGGCUGACCGGUGGCUCUGAUCGAAAGCGCCUUUAGUUUACACGGAAGUGAUCCCCCCUCUACUAUCGCUUGCCGUCAACGAGUUUCUUGACAAGCCUCUACCUGACUUGGGAGUUGGGACUCAAUUUCGCAAUUGGUAGCGAGGGUUUUAUCCCAUGUGACCAUAUCUGUGUUUUUAAGGAGAGAUUUUCUACACACGGGUGUUGUUUUUUUUCGCCCCCUACCGACUAUACAUGCCCCAAACGGGCCACGUGGUAGUUACGCUGGAACAACACGGGGGCCAUAUCGAAUUCUGGCAGGCGUAAUCAGAUUGCACUGUAUAACAAAUGCCAGCAUUUUGGGGUACAGUGGCAGACCCGGUUGCCGGCAGCCGUCGCGCACACUGGGAUUCCUGCCCCCCCCCCCAUUAUUGUUGUUGGUCAAAAUCUGGUCAUUUGCUGUGCGGACCAGAGGGUGUGGGGUGGAACGCCAAGGUGCGGGCUCGACCGUGCCAUCCACCUGCGCCCUCCCCCGCCUCCGGUCGUCUUGACAUCUGGUUAGGUUGGGGAGGAGGGAGUACGGUAGGUGCUGUGCAAGUCUGCUAUCACUAUAAACUAAUUCACGCACAAGUCGCCGUCCCUGCGCCACCUUGCUGUGAACCACACGGUAGACAUCGUUGGAAACGACGGUGGAACUGUCGUUUAUUGCUGUUUAGCCUUCUCUAGCUUCUUCGAUAGUUUUAAAGGCGUACUUCCAAUGUAACAUCUCGGAAGAAGAGUGGGCUUUCACAGGUUAGUUGCAUUUGAAGUAAGCGUCACAAAACACGUCUUGUGGCAGUCAGAUCGGUGAAAGCAGGCGGUUUGGGCGCUUUCUUUCCCACUGUGGUCUGAAGAAAUGCCCUUUUUCUUUCGAAUGUGUCUUGUGUUCUUUCAGGCCCACUUCGGAUAUCCGAAUCCUGGUCCCCGGGGCGGGUCUGGGCCGACUGGCUUGGGAGAUUGCUCACUGCGGUUACACUUGUCAGGGCAACGAAUGGAGUCUUUUCAUGCUUCUUCCGGCGCAUUUCGUUCUAAAUACGUAUGCCUAUCCUCGCGUUUUUCUCGUCCACUUUCUAUAACUCGUUCUUGUUUACUUCCACCCCCAAUCCUAUUUGUUCGUACUCUCUUGCCCAUCCACCCCAGAUCCUGAAUUUCAGGUUUGACCGCUUUUGCUCUCUCAUCCGACUUAAUGUUUGUAGGUGCAAGGACUUGAACCAGUACACCCUCUACCCCUGGGUCACCCAGUCCUCAAACAAUGUCUGUCGCGAGAACCAGCUCGCCGCGAUCACCAUCCCUGACGUCUCCCCCUCCGAUCUCCCCCCAAAUGUCCAGUUUUCCAUGGUCGCUGGGGAUUUCUCCGAAGUCUACACUGAGCCAGGUACACCGUCCACCCCCUUCUUUGUCAUCUUAUUGGAGUAGACUGGAGGGUAGCAAUCUGUCGCAUGUUGCUGGCACAAGUCUGGCUUUCAACUAGACACCAGCAACUUGGGGGCCUGUUUUGUUUAACCUUAUCCGGACAUGAAGGUUUGCAAAACAAGGAUUUAGAAUUCGCACAAAGUGGCGUUUAUCAAUUUGUACCGGUCGCUCGACCGAAGUGAGCGAAAUGUAUUCAAGCCUCGGGUGCGUCAGCAUCACCUUCUUGGUAGUAGACCUGCUGACGAUGUAUGUCUUCUCCGAAACGGUGAUCUGGGUGCCUCGUUGUUGCGCAAACGUUAUAUUGCAUCAGCGACCCUUUCAGAGGGGCGGUAGCAUGACAGGGCAUAGGCAGGAGAGGGAUAAAACGCCGCUGCGGAGAAGACCAGGGGUGUGAUAGAGUGCUCAUUGAAGUCGGGAAGGCGCUCGGAGCGUUCACCUCAGCGGCCGAUCCUGGUCGAGUUGUCAGGAAUAAAGCCGCCGUUCGCAUCGCGAACAGGGUCACUGCAUUGGGGUUGCCAUCAACCUUGUAGUUUUCGAGUGUCACCAAAGGUUUAGGCCAGUUCCGUAAUUUUUGCAGUCAUGUGCGUUUGACUUUGACGCCAUUUCCAGCGUUGGCGAGAGUAAUCGUUGUCAGGGGACCUCACUAGGUAAACAGCCGUAAGAUUGGUUGGGGGCGCUCACCGAUCGUUCUUACGGAACUCACUCGUUCCGUUGUGCCUUAUGGACUCUCUCUCGAGCCCAACCAGCAGCCGCACAGGGGCGCAUGAUAUAGGCUCCAGUUUCCCUUGUCUUUGUCGGUUAUAUCAUCCAGCCGUCACUGACAGGCCGCUGGGCGAAUCUAAGAAAUCUGUCAGCUGUCAGAGGACUUUACUGGUGACCAUUUGUUGUUAUCUUCUCCUUUGACUGGUGUCGUAAAGCACAAGUGGAUUUCUGUUCUCAGGGCCUCGACUGUGCUAGUUGUAUGACAUCAGGCCGUAUCGCGCGCGCGAACGAGAAAAUAACCUGAUCCAUGGGAGUCCCAGUUUCCGCUCCACGCACCGAUCUGCUGUCAUGCGCAUCCAGCUACUAAACCUCGGCCUGAAGUCGAUCAGACAGGCCGUGCGGUCAUCGUGUGAGUGGUACCAGGUUGGCAGAUGUUUAUGGCACGUGCUAAUGACAAACGGCCGGUUUUGUUCAGGAAGUUUCAGCGUACUCUCACCGUCAUCAUCAUCAUCAUGGGAACCGAGUCCAAAGCGCUCAAUAAGGUGACUGUCCGAAGAGUCGUCCUGUCCAGCCUCCGGCAACAACCAGCAGAUCACGACGAGGAAGUCAUUCAACCAACUCUUGUAGCUGCUGGUAAAAAAUAUCUGUAUCGCGCUAUUCGGCAGCUGAUGGUGUGUACACGGAGAGAGGACAGAGGUGCUCGUAAAAUGACCCUGCAGCCGCACGUAAGCCAUCUGAUCAUUGAUUGGUUCACAUGCGUGCACUGCAUGGUUCACUCGUUACGAGGGCGAUCAUCACACCAGUGUCCGCAAGAGGUCUCGUGGGCCGCUGUGGUAGGGAGCAAUGUAGGAGUUGACACUCGGGAUUUUCUUGACGUCGGACAGCCAACAGACAUCUCGGCAACCUUCCGCCACCAUGCGCAUACGAAACCUCGAUAUGACUAAAAUAAAGUUGCUUAGACUGGUCGUACGGCCAUCGUUUGAUUACCGGGUCAGCGGAUCUUUUCUGGCGGCGCUGGAAGCACGUAUUGACUACAGAAGAUCGGUUUUUUCCACAAACUUCAGCAUUCAGAGUCAGUCCCAAAUCGGGCGGGAAGGUGACUGUUUAUCGAGUUCUCGAGCCCAGUCCGGCCGUUCCAAUCCGUAGGAACAAUCAGCAGCUCACGGCAAGGGUGUCUUUCAAAGAGUUCAUGUAGCUAUGAGUAUAUGUUUUUUAUUACUUUUGUUAAUGUCGAUGCACAGACACAGACGACAAAGAUGAUGGUAAAGUGCUCCUUCAGCCCUACGUACACCAGUCGGUCAUUCACUACUUUCCACAAGCAGCGAUGGCUGGCUUGUGAGAGGCCAAUCGUCACAUCGUGUCUACAAGAAGGAGACGGAUGUUGACCCCGGAGAUCUUGAUUCCCCGCGGACCGGGAAAGGCUAGGCAGGCAGCAGACAACAUUAUGCUGAUAAAAACUGAGCACCCCCAGGCUUUGCCCGCCAGAGUCCAGGAACGCCAACGCACCAGCGUUCACUAUCAAGGGGCCGUUCCCAGUUAAAUGAUCCAGCCCGAGUACUAUUCGCCCGCAUCACUGCACCAGAGUUGCGUGGCACAUCAGUCCCCGCGGACGCUGUAUCCGGGUCUCCAACGGCCGCCCGGAUUGUUUGCUUUGAGAUUAUCGUGGUGGUGUUACUUGCCUAUAUUACGCGCCGCUGUGUGGGUACUGGCUGGGCUCGAGAGAGAAACAACCGCAAGGCACAGAAGGAUGAGGGAGUUCCGUAAAAACGAUCGGUGAGCGCUCCCUCUACUAUUGCAUAUUCCUGAUCGCAACCGACAAGACAACGAGCCCGUGGCUCAGGGGUUAGGAGCGUUGGACUUAUAACCAACAGGUCAUGUGUUAGAGCCUUGGGGUUGGGUACGGCUGACCGAUGACGGCUAAUACGCCAUAAAUGGCCAUUCCAGUCUCCCCUGUCUUUGUCGGUAAUGACAUUCUGCCUACAUCGUACGCCCCGCUGUUCGGCUGCUGGCGGGGCCCGAGACAGAACGCCAAGACACAACGGGACGAGUACGUUCCGUCACGCGACUGGUGCGCGCACUGACUCAAGAACCUAACCACAGGAAGGCGGUGUCGAGCAAAUACAUUUUAGGCAGUGCCCUGUGAUCUGCCUUCGUGAUACACAGUCGGCGUACCAGACUUUACCCCUCCACGCCUCGGUAGCACUGUCGCUGUUGGGUCCAAGAGCCUGCCCAUUUCACGGGCUGGGUGGCUGGCGGACGGUUUCAUGGCAUAAAGAUCAACCAGCACAGGGGAGAUUGGAAUGGACACUUCAUUCGACUGCCAUACCGUAACCCCUGACCGAGAGAAGACUCCAGUCGGUCACUGGGCCAUAUUGUUUCGCCCCUUCUUGUGGCUUCUGACCAUGAUGAGUCAGUAUAUUCACGACCCCGAGGCCUUGCCAUGGUGGGUUACCUUAAAGUUAUCUAAUACCUUUAUAGAAGAACAGCAUCUAGACCUGACAAACUGUUUAUGGUAGUAACAAAUGCUUCUGUGAUGUGACUAUGAAUGACCGUAUGGUUCGUUCACUCAAAUUUUUCGUCUUGUCGUAGACUCCUGGGACUGUGUAACGACAGUCUUUUUCAUUGACACCGCGCACAACAUUCUGGACUACUUGGAAACUAUUUGGAAGAUCCUCGCACCCGGCGGUUAUUGGAUCAAUUUCGGUGAGUCUUUUGUUUUACUGGGGGUUCCAGUCGUCAUUGUGUGGUCUAAACACCAUCCAGUAAAGAGAAAACUUUUCCAUUCCCAGUAAAGUUUUUUAUUAGCCUCAUUAUCCAUGCUUGUUUGUUUUCGUGCCAACGACGGACGAUUAACAAAGUACGACUUGAAGUUGAGUCGCCCCUAUUUGCUACCACAAUAGGGCUCUAAGUGCGUGGACCAGAGCACGAUAAAAUCUAUGUUCUUUUUUGGGAGAGGGGGGAGAGGGAGCACAUUUUGGCGAUAUGUGUAAACAGGCGCUGGAGUCUGAUGAACAAGUAGGAGCAAACUGUCUGUGGUACUGCUAGCAGAGUGCGAAAGACUGCUCUGUGAGGUGCUGCAGAUUCGAAUAAUUGCCCCGCCCUCACAUUAGUCCCAGCCUCUCAGUUCGGUCCAGUUGACAGCCUGGAAAACAGACGUGAGCCUGCCUAGAACGUAAAAACUAGGUUAGAAGCAGGCAGUAGGGGUUUUCUAAAGAGGGGCUCGAUCAGCUCUCCGAGUGUUUGUAUGCAAAUUGAGAGAGGGGUUGUGCAGGUUCGCCAGGUGAGCAGUCAGUCUUAAGACUUUUCGAAGCAUUGUCCAGACCCGGAAUUGCUCAAGGUCGUCUCCCAUCGUGUAGUGUGCACACUGCACUUUUAGCCACUUUCGACUUAUGACUUUAAGAAUCUUAACAUUCACAUACCAGGAGAAGUGCGCAUACAAUCUGCAGUUAGGUGCAGAUGACGGUUACGUGUUCGAAUGUUGACCUUGACAACGAGGAACCGCGCUCAUGCGGAGACCAAUGCGCAGUCGGUGAAAGGUUGCCUCUGAGACCGCGAGACGACCUGCUUGGAACCUUAUCCGGGUAGAUUACACGUGACAGUUCGACCGUCGGACAGUCACUUCGGUAGCAAGGCUGGGUCAGGACGACCGCAGACGAGCUCACACACGGUGGCUGACGAAACUAAACAGCCCGUGUACGCGUGCCACACACGAUCUGCGUCGACCUCUUUCCUUUCCCACACACCACAUCGCUGUCCGUGCCUAUCAGCCAUCUGGUGCUGGAAGUGAACACGGUAUGCGUGGACGUGCCGCUCCCCCCCCCCCAUGCGCGUGGAUUCUGCGCAGUCCGGUCGUCGCGUGUCGUGGUCCAGCGUAUUUGCAGAGUGGCCAGUGAUUGGGGCCACUGCAUGAACCCAUCAACAGGGGCAGACUUCCUGUAAAAACCUGACAGUAGGCUCCAUGCUCCAAUUGCUUUUGAAUGGCGUCCCGGGUUUACUGUUUUAUUGUUGUAUUCACGAGUUCCUUCCGUCCCCAGGUCCUCUGCUCUACCAUUUUGCCGACGUGCCGGGACAGGAUUCAAUUGAACUCAGCUAUUCCGAAGUGCGAGAAGCCGCUGAACUCAUAGGCUUUGAAAUCCUGGUAAGAAUGUUGGAGAAUUUACCGGAAGCCUAUAAACACACCUACUUAAUUACUUUGAGUAGCUACCGCUUUUUCGUGUGUUCCGUUUUAGAAGGAAGAACAAGACCUCCCCUCAACCUAUACACAGGACCCAAAGUCAAUGCUGCAGUACCACUAUAAGUGCGUGCUGGCCGUUUUCAGGAAGCCAGUCGCAGCCCAAAGUGCACCACAAGAUUGA